AUGUUAAAUAUUCAGUUAAGUACCGCUUCUGGAAUGAAGCAGAUUCUUACUACCAAUACUCCUUUGAAAAUUUAUGAACUACAUGAGCAAAUCAAAGGAUUAGCAGAAAACUUUUACAUCAUAUAUAAUGGGAGACUCGUGGAUGAAAAUGUCACUUGCUAUGAUGGUUAUAUUUCUAUUAUACCGCGAUUGUUUGGCGGGAAAGGAGGAUUUGGUUCCAUGCUACGAGCAAUUGGAGCGCAAAUCGAAAAAACUACAAAUCGUGAAGCUUGUAGAGAUUUAAGUGGACGCAGACUUCGUGAUAUCAACGAAGAAAAAAGACUAAAAGCUUGGAUCGAGAAACAAGGAAAACGAGAAGAAGAAGCAGCAGAACGUAAAAAGAAAAAAUUAGAAAGACUUUGCACUGAACCUAGACACGAAUUUAAAGAUAAAUCUUACGAACACGAAAGAUUGGUUCUUACAGAAAGAGUUGGAAAUGCAGUUGAAGAAGGUUUUAAAGUUGCUACUUCUGGAAUAAAAAGAAAAUGUGACACAGAACUAAAACCAAAUAAAAAGAAAAUUUUGUUAGAUCUUGAUAUUGAUUCAGAUGAAUUAGAUAGUUCUGAUGAAGAUGACGAAGGUAAUAAAGAUUCUGAAGCAAAAGAUAAUAGAAAUAAUAAAUAG